AUGUUCGACGAAACAACCGAUAUGUCACAUACAUCUCAAAUGGCAUUGACUCUGCGAUAUGUGAACAAAGGAAAAGUAAGAGAAGAUUUUGUUAAAUUUAUUGAUGUAAGGGCUUCUCUAGUAGAAGAAAGCAAUACAGAAGCCGUAGAUGAAGAACCAGAGAUAUAUGAAGAAAUUAAUAAAAACAUUGACCCAAUGGUGGAGGAAAUUGUUUUAUCAGGGGAAACGUUGGGUAGACUAGUGCUAAAAACAAUGAACGAGCUGUCAUUAGACAUAAAAAAGUGUGUCUAA